GCGAAUUACUCGGUGCGAAAAGUAUUGCGCUUUAGAAGUUGAAUUUCGAUGUGCGGCUGGGCGACGAAAGUAAUUUCCGCCAGGAGAAACCCUCGUCCAGUCGUCCUCGUCGCUUCUCCGUUCGCUCGCUGCGAUUGUGAACUCCACCGGAAAUGAGUCCGGUCAUGGGUGGCGUAGGAAGCACGAAGGAGGGCGGCUCCGAGGUGUUCGACAUCACCCCCCAUAAGAUCGCCGUCUGCCACCUCGUUCAGCUUUUCGCUCAGCCACCUUUGCACUGCACUCGCCAGUCCAUCUCGGAACACCAGCGACUCGGUCUCUUCCUUUUUUCGCUCACUAGGUCUUGUGAGGGUUUCUUUGAACCUACACUGGGAGAAUUUAUGAACCAGCUGAAGGCUGUUGAUCAUAUGGGUUGGCUUAGUACGGAUUUGAUUGCCAACCUUUCGGCACUAUCCUCACCAGAUGAUCUAUUUAAUUUUUUUGAUAAGCUGCGAGGCGUACUUUCCAGUCCUGAAGGAUCUUCGAUGGAAGAUGAACAGAUCUAUUUGGAUCCAAAUGGUCACUUGGGGAUCUUUCUGAGGUGUUGCAUACUGGCCUUCAAUAUGCUAUCUUUUGAGGGAGUUUGCCAUCUUUGGACAAAUUUAGCAGCAUACUGUAACUCAAAUGGUUCUAUGGAUGAAUUGGCUGAAGAGAACGAUUUUGAUGAAUCAGAAAACCAUGAACUGCAAGAGUAUCCAGAACUUGAUUGCGAGCCUGCUGAGCUCGAUGAAUAUAGCCUAGAAAACACUGCACAAGCUUCAGAAAAUUUGCUAAAUGUUAGGGCAAAGUUACUUUCUAGUUUUCCUGAAGAUAACCAGACUUCUUUUGAUCUGAAGAUGAAGCAUGUUGAUGAUACUGCACAAAGUGGUGGGCUUAUUCCUUUAUUGCAUAAUUUCAGACGAGAUGAUAGUUUAGGAAUCCUUCGAUCAAGGUGGCAAAUAGAAGGCUACCUGAAUGUUCAAGCUGAUUUGCUUGAGAAGAAUGCGGCGUCAUUUCCCUUAAAUUCACUUGCGGCUACUCUAAAGCAAUUACAAAAGCUUGCUCCAGAACUUCAUCGUGUUCAUUACUUGCAAUACUUAAAUGCUCUUUAUCAUGAUGAUUAUGUUGCUGCUUUAGACAGCCUGCACUGCUACUUCGACAACAGUGCAGGGAUGGAAGGACUUUUUAAUAGAUCAGCUGCUCCGUCCUCUGAAUUUGAGGUUGGGAAAUAUGAAACUGCUUUGCUAUGUCUGGGCUCGCUGCAUAGUCAUUUUGGCCAUCCUAAGAAAGCUUUGGAGGCUCUAACUGAAGCAGUAAGGGUCUCACAACAGAACAAUGACGAUGCAUGCCUUGCUUACACAUUGGCAGCUAUAUGCAAACUAUUGUCCGAAGUAGGAGUUUCAAAUAUGACUGGAAUUAUUGGUUCCCCAUAUUUACUGGGCACUUCUACUGGUCUUGCUACACCAUUAUCCACCCAGAAACAAUUGCUUGUGCUUCUUAAGAGAUCGCUUGGUAGGGCUAAUCAUCUAAAGCUCACAAAUCUGUUAGCCUUCAAUCGGCUUGCCUUGGCAAAAUUUGAUCUUAAGCAUGUGAAGAAACCAUUGAUCUCUUUUGGUCCCAAAGCUUCUAUGAAGCUUAAAACAUGCCCAAUAAGUGUCUGCAAGGAGCUAAGGUUAAGUUCCAAAGUGUUAAGUGAAUUUGGAGCAGAUGGGAUUUUGCAACUAAACGACACUGGUGCUUUUAGCACUUCAUGGCUUAAGAACCUAACAACUGUUGAUAAUCCAUGGCUCAAGUCACAUAUGUCCAGGAGCUUGUCAGCUAAUGAUUUUGAUGUGUUUCAGUUUCAUGGACAGCCCAGUCCUAUUCCUGGGUCUGUCUUGCAAUUGGCUGGUGCGUCUUAUUUGCUUAGGUCCACAGCAUGGGAAUACUAUGGCAGCUCUCCGUUGGUUCGGAUGAAUGCUUUGGUUUAUGCAACGUGCUUUGCUGAUGUUGCAAGUUCAUCAGAGUUGUCACUGGCAUAUGCAAAACUAAUACAACAUUUGAGUGUAUUCAAAGGAUAUACUGAAGCAUUAAAUGCACUGAAGUUUGCAGAAAAGAAAUUUUUUUCUUUAUCAAAUCAACACAUCCAGCUUCUUAAGCUACAGCUUCUUCAUGAGCGAGCUUUACACAGGGGGAAUUUGAAGGCUGCUCAACAAAUUUGUGAUAAGUUUGGAGUUCUUGCUUCAUCUGUUUCUGGAGUGGAUAUGGACCUUAAGACAGAGGCUGGUCUUCGAAAUGCACGAACUUUACUUGCAGCAAAUCAGUUUAGCCAAGCAGCUGCAGUUGCAAGCAAUCUGUUCUCCACAUGCUACAAGUUUAACAUGCAGAUUGAGAAUGCCACUGUUCUUCUUUUGCUUGCUGAAAUUCAUAAGAAAGCUGGUGACACUGUCCUUGGACUGCCUUAUGCAUUAGCAAGUUUAUCAUUCUGCAAAAUAUUUAAUUUAGAUUUGCUUAAAGCAUCAGCCACUGUCAUACUUGCUGAAUUAUGGCUUGCUCUUGGAUCAAGUCAUGCAAAGAAGGCAUUGUCCCUCGUUCAUCUUGCUCUUCCUCAGAUUCUAGGUCAUGGAGGUCUUGAGCUGCGUGCACGAGCCAACAUUGCACUAGCAAAAUGUCUUUUAUCUGACCCAACCUUCUCAAUUUCGGAAGACCCUGAUUCAGUGCUAGAUCCUCUAAGCCAAGCUUCUGAAGAACUGCAAAUUCUGGAGUACAACGAAAUGGCUGCCGAAGCUUUCUAUUUGAUGGCCAUCGUAUAUGACAAGCUUGGAAGGCUAGAUGAGAGAGAAGAGGCAGCAUCUUCUUUCAGAAAACAUCUGCUUGCACUUGAAAAUCCAGAAGAUGAAGAGGAUUUGUAAACUGGCAGGACUGUGCCAUCAUGGCUUGACAAACUAAGAAUCAAGGAGAGUAGAUCCUCUGGAACAGCAGUUACUGGUGGGAGUUACCUACUAUAUAGCAUUGCGCAUGAACCGUAGUUGAGUUAUUUCUGACAGUCUGAUCAAUUAUAUUACAUGAUGUUGAGGGAGGCGGUUCUAAUGUCAGCAUGCAUAAACAGCUAUUUUCUGCCUUGUCUAAUGCAAAUGGAAGACGCUCCUCCAUUGCCCACCCCAAGCCUUAUAGAAGGUUAACUAUUUUCUGCCUUGGAGUCUACCGUGAUUUUCAGACAAUGUCUAAUCAUAAAAUAUUUUACUAAACUGAUUCUUUUUUUUUUUUUUUUGGGCGUGUCCAUUUUAAUUAUGUAUCGAAGUGAACCCACAUGUUCGGUGACAAGUCAAACUAGAGCCUAAUUAACCGUGUUUUGUCUUCAUUUGUCAUGUAGCAGCAGCUACACAAAAAAACAGAGCAAUUAUUGUCUGCUGUCAUGGUGUAUAGUUAUAAGAAUCGUAUUGAAAAUUUGAUUGAAAAUUGAUCU